AUGUCCUCCGCAUCUACACCGCGCUCGACGCGUUCCGCGUCGCCAGCGGAUAAUUCGCCCAACAUGCUUACUCCCGGCCAAAAAAUCAAGGCUAUGAUGGCGGAAUUCGACACUGAUAGUGAGAGUGACUCCCAAGCCACGAAAAAGAAAACUACAAUCCCGAAGCUGGACUUCGGUCGCAAUAACACAUCGACUACUACUGAAACGCGCCCACCUCAAUCUAAUAACGACAGCUCCGACGACUCGGACGAUACGGAUGAUAUUGUUCGACCCAAGGGUCGGAUGGCUGCUCGAAUGCAAGGUGCCGCUGACGAGAGCACUGAACAAGGGUCUGCCUUUUCCCGCCUGUCGAAUGCACUCCGAUCCGAGAAGGAACAAGCUCAGAGGACACGCGAGAAAAGUCCCGCACCAGCCCACGAUUCAAGCGAUGACGACCUACCAGUGAACGUGGCCAAGAGGAGGAAUCAUGCGCAGGUUCAGCGCUCUCCUACCCCCGCAGACUCACCUGCUAAUAGCCGUGCCGACUCGCCGUUGUUUGUUUCAUCGCCUGCAACUACCAGGCCGCAAUCCGAAGCUCUCAGCGACAAAGUAUCCGGAAGUGACAAUGAAGGACCUAGUAAGGCAAAGAAUGCCAGAUUCCUUGAACUUAUCGCUCAAAAACGUAAAGAGCGUGAAGAGCGGGAACGUGUCGAGGCCGAAGAAAAGGCCGCCAGACGAGCGAAAAUGGAGCACUUUAGCUCUAAUAUCCUAUCUGGUGAAGAGAGUGAAGCUGAUGAUCCAGGUUCCGCGCAUAAGUUGUCUCAGAAGGCUCGUCAGCCACGCAAGGCUAGCAAGAAGGCAUUGGAAGAAAUGAGCAGAGAGACUCAGCGGAUGAGCCGAAAUAUGCAGCUUGCUCACCAAGCGCAGACCAAGAAAAAAAUUACCAAGGAAAGCCUAUUUGCUCGAUUCAACUUUAUGCAACCCGAUCCUCCCCCAGCCGAACCCGCGGCGGCCAACUCGUCUUCCGCAGCCAACUCACAAAACUCCUCCGAUAUCGAGGGACAGAAAAAUGAGACCCCUCGCACUUCGCCUGUCCUUGGCCCUGCCGAUACAGGGAAGUCCACCACUACCAACGUGUCGGCGGAAGGCCAGACAGAAACAGUUGAAGAACAGGCCGACAUCGAGAUGACCGAUCUACCCACCCUCGAGGAGGCUAUUGCCGACACCCCAGUUGAACCGAAAGCAACAGACGCCCUCGUUGCGCCUGGGUCUGAAGUUACCGCGAAGUCACCCAGAAGUACCGUUCAGCCCAAGCAAUCCAUCCGAAGAAUCACCCCAUCCUCUGUUCGUGUCCUCAUGUCCCGACAAGAAGUUGCGCAGCAUCAGCAAGAUGGCUCAGACAGUGAUGAAUUGGAGGUCAUUACAUCUCCGGCCAAAGCUCGUCGCAUCGCUGCUUUCGAGAAUCUGCCCUGCCGCCAGAUGCAGGAAUCUGCCUCCAUGACUAGGCUCAAAGCCCUGGCCCAUCUCACUUCUCCCAACCGUAAGAUGAGCUCGAUGAGCUCCGCCGAACUCUCUGCCAGUCUUCUUUACAAGGCACGUCAACAGGCCGCUAAAGACAGACGCGAGCGUAUUGAAGAGCUAAGGGCAAAGGGCGUCGUAAUUGAGACUGCCGAGGAGCGUGCUGCCAUGGAAGAUAAUGUUGAAGAUCUGGUUGAGAAAGCCCGCCAAGAGGCCGACGACAUCGCUCGCGAGGAGCGUGCGGCCAGGAGGAAGGCGAAGGGUCUUGAUGCUGAUGACGAUGAGGAGGACGAUGAUGACUACGCAUUUUCUGGAUCUGAUGACGAUGCAUCCGGCGAAGACGAAGAUGAGGACGAGGAGAAGAGUGUCAGGGGCGAAACGAGCAUGUUCGAACAAGAGGCAGAUGAAGCAGAUGAAUCUUCCGGAGAUGAAUCGGAGGCGGCCGCCUCAGAGCCUGAAAUCGAAACCUCCGGAUCCAGGAGAAGACGCCGCACCCGCGUCGUUAGUGACGACGAGGAUGAGGAUGAAAACGAACAGCAGAUCCCCUCUACGCCUGUCCGGCCUCCAUCUCAUGUUCCACAGUCUGCUGAACGACCUAAUUUUCCCGGAAUGGGGACCCCGAACAUGUCUAUGGGCCUCACUCAAGCCUUUGCUGGCACUCUUGCCGAUGAGAACGCCAGCCAGCCGGGCUCUGGCACUAUUCCUUUCUCUCUCCCUGAUCCUGGCCGACCAGUUCCUCGACUUCGUGCUGAGGAAUCUGAGAUCCUUGUUAAGGACAGCCAGGAGCAAAAUAAUGAGACUGAUUUCAUGCCUGCCUACAAUGCAAAUGUCAACAGGGUAUCGGAAUCUCCCGCGGGACAUGGUUUCUCUAAUUACUCGCAAAUUCCGGAUCCGACGCAGGAUGAGGGCUUUGUCUUCUCACCAUUCGAUCCUUCCAAGCGCUUCAGAGGAACGCCGCCUGUUUCAACGAUUGACACCGUGAUUGUUGGCCAAAGCCAGUCACCUGUCGUCGAACGCAAAGGAAGAAAAAUUCGACGAGGACGUGCGGCCAAUUUGUCUGCUGUCGAGGAGCAAAAUGAAGACGAGGCUGAAUUUGAGAUCAAUGCCAAUGCUUUCAACGUCAUGAAGAAGGCGACUAAGAAGACAACAACGCCGUACGACAAGAAGAACAGCAAAGCAAAAGGUGUUGUUGACGAAGCUGCUGAAGAAUCCGAAGAUGAAUAUGCUGGCAUUGGAGGUGCUAGUGAUGACAGCGAUGGUGAAGAAGAUGUUCGCGAUCUGAACAUGAUCAACGACAACAGUGGCGAGGUCGUGGAUGAAAAGGAGCUUGCCGCUCUUAAUGCUUCCCAUCAACGAAACCGUGACGAGAAAGAUGUCGCUAAGUUGCUCAAGGAUAUUACCACAGGAGCUCUGCGUCGUCGUCGUGGCGGUGACGACGACCUUGAUCUCGAUGACUCGGAUGACGAGCGUGUUGCACGUCGACGCGAAAAGCAGCGCGAAUUCGCAAAGAUGCGCAGAGCUCUUCUUGCUGACGACAAAGUUGGAGCUCUCGCGGAGAAUCCCAAGAAGGCUGCCUUUUUUAAAGCCAUUGAGGAUCGCGAAGACCAGGACGACUUUGAGCUGGAGUUUUUGGAAGAGAAGGAGGGUGCAUCACAAGGCGAAUCCUCGCAAGAUGUAGCCGCCGAUAAACAAACUGAAGCUGGAGACGAUAGCAAGAAGCGCAAACGACCCCUUGAGACGGCUACUGAAGAUGCCACCAACCGACCUCCUCCUCAUCUUCGCCGAACAGCUGCUAGCGCGAUGUCGAAGAAGCCCGCUACCCUGGCCGAAGUCCGCGAGACUUUGUCCUUCCUCACCGAAACUCAUGAAUAUGACUCCUUCCAUGAGGAUGCCUCUAUCGACGGAGAUGACGAUGACCAGGAAGAGGCCGACACAAACACAUCCGGCAACGACGAAGCCUACUCCGAAGACGCCCAAUCCCAGCCCAAGGAAACCUUUGCCAAACCCAGUCACCCGCGCCGCACUCGUGGAACAGUCAUCGACCGACUCGCUCUCUUGCGCCAAGCAUCUUCCAACUCCGCAACGACAACUGGCUCCGCAAACAACAAAAUGGCAUUCCACAGCGGUGGAAACUCAGACGGAGCCAUUGGAUUCCGACCUCCCCAACUUCUGCGCCGUGUCACUUCCGGCUCUUCCUCGAGCAACUCAUCUGCGUCCAGCUCAUCGAGCAAAAUUCCCACCGCUGCAUCGGGACCUAAGAAGGGUGGUGCAGUCAACUCGUACACUGCUGCGCGUGAGCAAGAGCGCGAGAGACAAUUGCGUUCCAAGCAACGUAAUGGCGGAUCUAAUAUCGCCAAGCUGCUGAGCAAGCAUGCUGGUGGUGGACUAGGUUCGUUGGCUGGCAAGGGUCAAUGGGAUUGA